AUGGCUCAUGUCCAAGUGCUCUUCAGCUCUUCAGCUCCUUUCAUCAUUGCUGACUGCAGCACACUGCUUUCUCUUGAGCUGGUUGCACUCCCUGCUAGCAGCUCUCCUCUGCAGGAAAUCCAGGAUCCGUUGAUGCAGUGGCUUGGGAGGCAUGUGGAUCCUGAAGGGAUCAUAAAAUCCAGCAAGCUCUCCCUCAAGUUCAUGUCCUCUUACACAUCUGAAGUGGAAAUCAGCCCAUCUUCUAUACCUGUGGUUACCAAUCCCGAAGCCUUCUCCUCAAAGCACUUUAACUUAGACACAUAUCGACGAAAUCUGCAGACCACGCAGCUGGGAAAAGUAAUUCUGUUUGCUGAAGUGACCCCUACGACCAUGAGUCUCCUGGACGGGUUGAUGUUUGAGAUGCCACAGGAAAUGGGUUUAAUCGCCAUUGCUGUUCGGCAGACCCAGGGCAAAGGAAGGGGCCCGAAUGCCUGGCUGAGUCCUGUGGGGUGUGCCCUCUUCACUCUGCUGGUCUCCAUUCCCCUGAGGUCACAGCUGGGACAGAGGAUUCCAUUCGUCCAGCAUUUGAUGUCCCUGGCUGUCGUGGAGGCGGUGCGGUCCAUCCCAGAGUAUGAGGAGGUCAACUUGCGUGUGAAGUGGCCCAAUGAUAUUUAUUACAGUGACCUCAUGAAGAUUGGUGGAGUUCUGGUUAAUUCAACACUUAUGGGAGAAACGUUUUAUAUCCUUAUCGGCUGUGGAUUUAAUGUGACUAACAGUAACCCUACCAUAUGCAUCAACGACCUCAUCGAAGAGCACAAUAAGGAGCACGAGACAGGCCUGAAGCCCUUACGAGCUGAUUUUCUCAUAGCCAAGGCGGUGACUGUGCUGGAGAAACUGAUUGACAGGUUUCAGGACCAAGGGCCCAAUGGCGUCCUUCCUCUCUAUUAUAAAUACUGGCUGCACAGUGGUCAGCAAGUCCGCCUGGGCAGCACUGAGGGGCCACAGGUGUCUAUUGUGGGCCUUGAUGAUUCCGGAUUCCUGCAGGUCCAUCGGAAGGAUGGUGAGGUUGUGACUGUGCAUCCAGACGGCAACUCCUUUGACAUGCUGAGAAACCUCAUCCUGCCCAAGCGACCUUAGUGCACGUCCCCAGUCAGCUUGGCUCUGCCCUGGCUGUCGCCGCCGUUGCCUGCCUAGGGCCUGAGGAAUGAAUGCAGAGCUGUAGGCCAGCGUCUUCUCCCUGUCACUUGCUAGCUCUUCAGGUUAUUGGUUCCCUGCCUCCGCCCCCUACCCCACCCCACCCCCAGGUUUGGGUUUUUAUUUUGUCUUUUUAUGUCUGCGCCUGUAUUUGGUGUUUGAAGAUGCAUCUGGUGAGGACGGACAGGUGAAGACUCAAUUUAGCUUAGGAGUUCGGUUUGCCUUGCACAGUGUCAAAGUGAUCUUUCCCACAUGGGCUUGCACUUACGCUUACUAGGAGAACAUGAGGGGCAGAGAGCUGGAAAUAGCGAAGAGGCAGUGCAGGUACUUCCCAGGUAGUGAAGGCUGUUACAACAAAUGCGCUGAGCUCAGGUGAAUGCUGAGUUAGUGGUCCACCGUCACUGCCUGUGAGCCUCCAGAGGGGUUCUCCCAGAACACACGGCGGUGCCUAGACCUUGGGUUGUUCUCUGAUUUGUUUCUGGGGAGUUGUUGUUUUUCUUAAUCAAGGCGGGCUACCUGAAGUUUCUGUGCUGUGGUAGUCCAGGAACACGGGACUGAACAGUGGCUGCAGUGACACCGCAUGGCUGCAGUCACCCCCCGUGUGGUUGCAGUGGCCUUGGGGGGGCAGGUAGGUUUCUCACUUUGCUCUUAUGCAAUGAGCACUCCUUCCCAGGGUCAGGUGUGCCAAGUUUUAGGCUUUUAAGCCAAGAUGGCACCUUCUUUGGGGGCUGAUGCUUAGCCCAGGUUGGAGAUAAAGGCUCACUGUUCUGCCCACAUGAGGGAUGAUUCUUGGAACUAUUAAACCAGCUGCCGGCUGUUAGAAUGUGGAGCAUUCCCACAGGGCUGUCCUCCUGCGGGAUGGAGUGGGUGGCGGCACUGUAUUGCAAGUCGAGAUUUUCUGCCUCAUUUCCUUAUAUUGUCAUGAAAGAAAGAGAUAUUGAUGAAGUUUGGAGGGUGUGUGUGUGUGUGUGUGUGUGUGUGUGUGUGUGUGUGUGUGCACAUGUGCCCAAGUGCUCACACAUGACUUUAAAAUAGAUGUUCAAACUGUGAUGCGCUAAACGUCUCCAUGGAAGAACAAAGGAAAGGAAGCCUUUCUAGGUUUGUUUCCAGAUGUACGUGUGCUUCCCAUGUACCUCCCGUCUCUGUGGAGUUUGUGAACUGUACCCAUUACUACCCAGCCUAAAGAACCAGUUCCUGCCUGCUCUCCCGCUUCCUGCCCACCACACUGCAGUCGGUGGGAAGAAGCAGCAGAGUGAAAGCUUUGAACCUGACCCCUCAUCGUAAAUGAGCACCAUCUUUAUCCAGGCCGCAUGUAGUCAGGCCAGAAACCUGAGGUUUUCAGUACAAAACCCAUCCGCCUUCAACCUAGCACAGACAACCCCACUUGAAGCAAGAAAUAACAUGGUAAAUCCAACCUGACUUAUGUUUGAGGGCAUGUAACUUUAAAAGAACUUUAAAAAGUAACUUUUUU